AUUUGGUGGAUUUUAUGACACGCUGAGGGAAGAAAGGUACUUCAAUAAUCUUUAAGUGCUGGAUUUAGACGAUUAUAAGUGGCAAGAGAUAAAACCCAAGCUUGGAGCUGCCUGGCCUUCAGCUGGAACUGGUUCUCAGCUUGCUGUUUAUUUAGAUGAGAUUUUCUUGUACGGUGGCUAUUUCAAAGAGCCUGUGCUUGUUUUACAUUCUCGUUUGGAGUUUUAGUUUUUCAAUGUGUUUUGUGAAGGUGAAAAAAUCCGGUGAUUCCCUGCACAGCGUUUUUAUGAUCGAGAUGUAUAUGCUUUCCAGAUGGUAUCCUUUGGAGCUUCUCAAGCCAAAGAGCCUAAAGAUUAAGGUUGUUGCCUUGUGGAAGAAUGAAUGCUGGAAUGGUCGUUGGAAAGGAUACUUUAUUUCUGUAUGGAGGUAUGAAAGAAGUCGGCAAAAAAAAAGUGACACGACGACCUUUCCUCGCUGGACCUUCGAUGUGUGGAAGUGCAUUAUUGAGGAAACACAAAGCGCGUGGAUUGAAGCUAGUAAGGAGAAAGGCGAAACUGAUGGUGACAACAGUGAUGCUGGAUCGAUUAAUAAAGGAAAAGACGAAGAGGACGAUGACGAGGAUGCAGUGGAGUCACUGUGAAGAGGCAGCUGCUAUUCUUAGGGGCGAAGGCAAAAAGGUGACACAGAAAGCACGGAAAUUAAAGAUUGAUCCGAGCUGGGCCUGGCUGAUUCCCAACAAACACUUUUGCCUGGAGAAACGCUGAGAGAUUUUUUCUCUUGGACGAUCAUGUAUUGGCAAAUGGCACCUUACGAUCACACCCAACACACUGGAAAGGAGCUCAGGAAGGAUGGAUUUGACUUGGCAAAGACACGCUACAGAGAACUUAAAACCCGUCCUUGACAAGCUCGCGAGACUUGAAGCCGACCACAACGCCGAAGAGGAGGCUACCAAACCUUCCAAAGAGCGCAGC